AUUAAUUAACUUACUAAAAUUAGGUUUCUUCUAUUGUUUUAUUGGUUCUCUAUCCAAUACGAGUACUCGUUCUAAGCAGUAACAUUCACGUCCUUUUUUAAUCCUUGUCAAACAAGCAGAAGGAGCCGUUUGAUGAGUCGGUGAAGUUGCACUUUAUAUAUAACCUACCCCUAACUCUUGAAACUUGUUUUCACCCAUCAACUCAUAACUCUUUCCUUCAAAUUAUAAACAAUCGAGUUCUACUUGGAUUUCCUUGGAAAUUAAGUUUUCAAUUCGGAAAACAUGUCAUAUCAUCAAAGAAGAUAUCAUCAUCGUCAAGAGAGUUAUGGACAUGGAGUUCCGAAGGUAACUCACCCAAAGUUGCUCCCUAAAGUAUCCGAUGAUACUGGUUCAUGGAGAUCAUUGCCUGCAUGGGAGAAAAGAUUCUGCACAUUAGUGGGUGGAAUGCCUUGGAAAAGAUUUGUGCAAGCAAAGAGAAAUUUACAUAAAACUGAUAAAGUAUAUGAAUGGAAUGAUUCAGCUGGGUUAAAGGCUUUCAACAAAGCCAAACGAAGAUUCUGGGCAGAUUUCCAUGGUUUUCCCUGCAAGAUGGGCUUACCAAGUUCUGAUAUGUAUAUUGAUAAAAAUAUUGAUUGGAACCCGGAAAUUGAUCCAAAUCUUUUAUCAGAAAUCAAGGCACCUUCUGAUGGUGAAGAAGAAGUAGUAGGUGUUGCUCCUAAAGAAAUCGACUGGUUUUCAAUUCCAUUGGAUCAGAUUAAGCCAACUGGGUGGGAUGACAUCUGGGACUACACUCCACAGUUGCCAAAGACUUUUAGAGGAAUGCAUGGAAUCAAAGACUUGAUGAUAGAACAGAGUACGAGUAAAAAAACAGAGAAUGCGUUGCUCUGUUCGUCUGCUUCGACCUUUUGUUAUGAACAUGAACACCCACUAAGCCCAAGAAAGAACAUAAUCAUUCGCUUGGGCCCAAUUGCCUGCUCUAAAACUGCCCAGUCCAAAACUUCUAGAGAAAAUGGAUGGCCUAGAUUUAGACAGGCUCCUCUGUUAUAA